UUCAUUAAGCUGCCCACUUCCCUCCUUCUCCCCGACGGUGCCGACAACUUCUCCUUUCCAUGCCUGAGGCACGAGCUUCGGCCGACACGUCGCAUGCAUCUCGGUGCCGUCGGAGAGAUCUAGGGAGGCGCGCGCGAGGGGAUGUUGUCGGCUCGUGAUGGCGAGGUACUCGAGUACGGACCCAUGUGAAAGAUGACGUCGGGUUCCCCCAUCGCUCCUUCCCCCGCAAUUCCACUCGCAAGUGAGCGCCGAUUUCUCCCGUCCCGCCCGUCCCCCGGCUCAACUCAACUUCCAUGUCUCCAUGACCUAUUCUUCUCGGCUAGACAAUUAUAUUUCCACUCUCGCUGCUCGCAUCUCCCGCUACGUACGCAUGAGGAAACUGCCCAAAAGGUAUCAUGUGCCAAAGGAAAAUGCCAACAAUGCCCCGAUUCCUCCCCUCCUCUAGAUCCGCCCUGCCAACAACAAAACAACAACUCCAUGCGAGCUUCAAUCCGACAAAGGAAAUUCUCUCCAAAUCACUCCCGUCCCCAUCUCCGACCGGCGUUCCACCACAUGCAUGGAGCAGCCCUGCCCCCGAACCCCCCUUCCCAUGAGCCGACAGAGAAAAUAGGAAAAAAAGGCAAGGAAACUUUUAAAGCCGUAGUGGGUGCGUGUCCUAGGCGCCGCGCUGAUGAUAUGCCGUGAUGCGUGUGCCAACAGAAGCAAAGAAAAGUAGUAGCCAGGCGCAAACUGAGUUGCGUGGUUGCGAAAGUAAGGCUUUAAAAAAAAGGGGGGAAAAAAAGUCGAGCUC